AUGAAUGUUUUCUAUGCGAGGAACAUUAUGAGACAUUGGAACACAUAUUUCUCAACUGACUCGCCUAAAUCGUCUUCCCCUCCUUGUGGAUUUCUAAAGCUAAAUUUUGAUGGAGGGCCUAUUUUCCAUUGGAAGGAGGCUACUGGUAUAGGGGUAGUAGCGAGAGAUUGCAAUGGGAAGUUUUUGGCAGGCUUCAAUAGGCUCGUUCAAGGUAUUACAUGUUCUGAACAAAUUGAAUGGUGGCCGGCAUAUGCU